AUGGGUGGGUGGGUUCGAUUCCUUGGUGGUGGCGUGGCUGUCCUUGUGCAGCAUAGCAACAAUGAGGGUAGAGAGUGCCUUCUUGCUACAGUGGAUCUGGAUGUCCCUGAGGGGUGUCUAAUCGAGCACCGUGAUGACAAUCUUGACAAGUCUUCCGUUGGUGGUUGUUCCUGUUCCGGUGUUCUUCCGCUGUUCACUUCUUCAGUUCUUGUUGUUGGUCAUUGUGUAAUCUUCUUCCAGAUAAUGGUUAGAACUAGAGGUCUUGGUCAGGCUUUAGGCCGAGCAAUAGGAAAAGUCUUGGGGAGGAGAGACGCGAGUGAGGAUGAUGCCCCUCAACGGCGAAGGCCGACUGCAUCAGCCCGUAGACAGCGACAACAAGAGCGUGUUGUCGAGGACCCUUCUACGGCCACGGAGGAAUUGAUCGACGAGCAGCUAGAAGCACCUGUUGAAGAAAGUGUUAUUGAUGUUGAGGGUUUUUCAGGUGGACCCCAUGACACAUCAGUUCUCACAUAUUUUGAAAAUCACAUUGCUUUGAGAGUUUGGAAUGGAGAGGAACAUCCUGAGUUGAAGCUAUCUUCCCAUGGAAGGAAGAUGGCUAAGUUCGGGAGGCCUGCUCUAGAGAUUGAAGGCCUUGUGGCAGCCAGUGGACUAAGUCCUUUGAUCGCUUGGGCGUUCCACAGCUUCGAGCUACUUCAUGUCGACGACGCUGUCGAAAUGUUGGUGGAAUUGCUCGAGGUCAGCGCUGCAAAGGUGAGACCUAAGAUGAUUCAGUGCCGUGGCUCUUAUGUUCGACUAUCGUGGUUGCGCGACGUGUAUGAGUUGAAGAUCGAGAGUGCCAAACACGUGCACAUGGUAUUCUUGGAUGCACUGCGUGACUUGACACAGAGUAGAGGUUACGCUUGGGGCGCUGCUGCACUUGUGCACAUGUAUGAUAAUUUAAAUGACACAUCCAAGAGCACUGUGAGACAGCUUGUAGGAUAUAUCACUCUAUUACAGUGUUGGAUCUAUGAGCAAUUUUCGUCUGUUAGUUUCACUGUUCCUGCCGAGGAUUACGAUGAGAAGAGACAGCGUGCAUGUCGAUGGACCUCUGGCAAGGCACUGCCCAUUUCCACGUAUCGGAGGCGUAUGGAUAGACUGACCCCUGAUGCGGUGUGCUGGAGUCCGUACGGUGACCACCGCUCAUUUAGAGAAUUUGAGGUCAUCUCAUUAUUUUUCGGCCAUUUCAAAUGGGGCCCCUUGGCUGUCAUUCACCGACCAGAGAGGGUUGUACAACAGUUUGGCUACAUCCAGACUAUUCCGCCACAUCCUAUUGCAUCUUCACUCUCUAUUGAAGAAAUUAAUGAUAGACGGAUGCAGUUUGGUGAGUACAUUGCACCUGUAGGGCAAUUAUGUGCAAUUCCUGACCACUAUUCUCCAGAUUACAUGGAUUGGUUUUACAUGAUCUCGCACCCAUUCAUGAGUCUAGCACAGCCAAGGGAUCCUCCUAGAGUUCCGUUGGUUCAGCAAUAUGAAGAAUUUGUUGAACCAUAUAUGUAUCAGCAAUCGAUGGCAGCAGCGGCAUCUAAUGAGGCAGACGUUGAUGUGCAUCAUCUUCGACAUGCAAUGGAUGACUUUGUAGCAAUUGCUGAUAAGUUGGGCAAGCUACUGAACCUAAGGAUCUUGAUCGAAGGAACAGAAGCCUAUACUGUUGUUGAAGAAUGUGUGGGCAUCGCAAGACACUAUAUUGGUCAAUCAACUGUAGGUCACAGAUCGAGGCGUCGACGACGUACGAAUGAUCAUUGA